CACACUUUAGAGGACUACAUGGAGUCAGAUUCUGUGCUAAGAAAUAGGAUGAAAGAGCUGGAGCUGUCACACAAAACACUUCUUGUAAUGAUUGAUCAACUAAACAUGAAAGUGCACCAUUUUGAAAAUGCAAAUGUGCGUGUUAAAGGGAAACUGCGAGAAGUUUGGGAAGAGCUGCUGAGCUUGGUUGAAAACCAAGAGAAGUCAGAGAAGAAACAAAAGGAGAAAUUGCAUUGGCUUCUGGAGCAGCUAAAGACAAAAGAAAAUGAACUAAAAAGCCAAUCUGAGUACUUUGAGCACUACAAACAAAGGCAGAAGCAACAGACAGCAGUGCUGAGAAAAAGGGAAUGUUACCUACAGGGUGAGGUGUUUAGACUGGAAAAGCAAGUGCUAGAUCUCAGUGCCCAUAUUGCUCUUUUGACGUCUGAGUUAGGAGAGGGAAUGGCACAGGGUCUCCAGAAGAAGCUGGAAUCAGCAUCCAAAGGCCUGCAGAGCUGUAAACCUUCUAAUAUGCAACUCACAGAAUUGAAAAACUCCAUUGGAAAUGUGGAGCAUGACAUGAAAAGCCACUUUGAGUCAUUUCAGAAAAAUCUGAAGUUCUUAAGGGAUAAAGAGGAGGACAACAGAAGAGAAAGAGCAGACCUGCUGGCUCAGCUUCAGUGCUCCCAGGACACUGAAGACUUUCUUAGGAGAAAAUUGGAAGAAUCUUGUCAUCAUGUCUAUAAUCUGAAACUAUCUGAAAUCAAACUACAGGAACAAGUGAACAAGCUUUUGAAUGAAAACAAGUCUUUAAAAUAUCAAGCUAGGGUGAGGUUAAAAAAGAAAGAAGAAAAGGACUCACAGCUUACAAGACCAGAAAAUGCAGACAACAGUGCUGACCUGAACAGAGACCUACACCAGCAAGAUGUUCAAAACCAGAAAAGGGGAGCAAUCUCAGAUCAACAGAGAAGCAGAGCUGCUCAAACUUCAUUUGUGCUGCUGCAUGCCAUGGAGUAUGAAACACCAGGAUACAGCUGUGAUGGGCCUAAACAGACAGAAAGGCUACGAGAAGAACUGCUGCCUGUUUCAGAGCACAAUUCCAACAUCCUUGAAGAUGCUGCUGAAGAACUCAGUUUAGCUCAGAUCAAAUUGGUCACCCUAGGAACAAAAAGUACAGGUGCUUCAGAAGACAGUUUCACUUUGUUUAGAUGUACCCCAAGCUAUUCUGCCGCAAGCCUGCUUCCACCUUGCUCUGAAAAAGUAACUAAUGGUGAAACAAGCAAAGGAAACAAAGAUGAAGAAUGCUUUUCUUUCGUGAAAGAACAAGCUAUACUUCUACCAGCAAAAAUGUUCCCUGUUUCUGUGGUUGAAGAUUUGAUGAGAAGCAAACCCAACAUUAUCUUGUUAAAUCCAGAAAGCUACAGGGUAGAGGCUGUCACAACAGUGAAGAAAGUGAGGAGUUUGGAUUUCAGUGUGGCAAAUACCAGUCUUUGCUUGGAUGGUCUGUGUGUUGUUACAGAAGAAGGUUUUUCUGAUAAAGCUCUUACAGCUCUUUGCGGAAAUAUUCCAUGCUCUGUGAUGGAAAAUUUUGCAUCCUCUCUUCAAAAAUACAGAGUGGAAAAACAUCAGCAAAAGGAAAUAAUUCUACCAAAAAGCAUAAGUAAGAAUAAAAGUUCAGAUAAAAGUGUUUGUGAUAGAAAAUAUCACCAAAAAAUCUUUAGAUUGAGAAUUAAAGGAGAAGAAAUACAGACUGAGAAAUCUCAAGUGCAACAGGUAACCUCUGUUUUUGGGGAAAAUUCUAAUGUUUUAAAUAAGAGAGGUUUGACAAAGCCUGAGAAUCAAGGAAUUGAAGUCAAAGGCAAACGAGGUACUCCACAAGGUGUCCACAAAAUAUCUGUUGAUGUGAAAGACUUUCAGUUGCAUUUCAGAGAGAGUCCUGAACAAGUGGAGAAACAAGGAAGACUCUCAGAAAUCUGCAUAUCUGAUGUGUCGAGGGUGUGCAAAGAUGGAGACAUGAUAAAAAUGGGAGAGGAAGAGAAGAAAUCUCAGAAAGCAACUCACCAAAUAAACCUUUCAAGAAAUACUGGACUGAAAGGAAAAAAAGUCCAGUCCCUGAAACUACAUGAAUCAAAUGAGAAGUAUUUCUCACGUCAGGAAAUUGCUGCCGAAGACAUGCAGUGUACAUACUCUCAGAAAUGCUCUUGGUCAGAGGAAGAGGGUUAUCCACUAAACAUAUUGUCUCCUAUGCAGAAGAGGUCCAUGUGCUUAAGCAAACACUUCGUGCCAGAGAACAAUUUUUCUGAGUAUUUCUUCCACCUGUCACAACCAGCAGCGGUUCAUGAGCGUAAUAUGAAAACAUAUGAAUUGGAAAAAUUAGUGGCAAUGUGUUCCCAGAAGAUAUUUCUACUGAUGCAAGAGAAUGAAAACUACUUUAAAAAGGUCUGUGUAUUACAAGAGGAGAACGAGAGAUGUGUUCAGAAGAUGUGUGCACUGGAAGAGGACAUGAAUGCAUAUUUUCAGUACGCUUUAGAAGUUGAUGAUAACAAUGUUUUCUUUCAAAAUUUACUCAAUGAGAAUGAAAUUGUUGGUAAAUGUUAUAAUGUGUCAGAAGGAAAUACCAAGACUUCAGGAACGAUUUUUGCUAAAACCAUCUCUAAGAAUCUCUCUUACAUUGAUGAGAAAAGUAGGAAUUUGGGGAAAGACUCAUUAACAAUUGAAUUAAAUAAACUUCCUAAGAGUGUUUUACCUCUAGAUGGAAAGAAAAUUGGAUAUUUUCAGCUACUUUCUGACCUGAAAGAAGAAAGAAGACAAUGCUUCAAAGAAAUAGCUAAAUUAUUACAAGACAAGGAAAAUUAUGUAGCAAAAUAUAAUGAAUUAAUGCAAGAGAGAGAGGGAAACUUAAAAAGAAUAUCUCUUUUAGAAGGUGAAAAAGAAAAUUUAUUGGGAAGUUUGGCAGAAAUAAAAUGUGAACAGGAUAAAUACCGGGCCUUGGUCUCAGAACUUCAGGAGUGCAAAACUAGCUGUUAUCAGACUAUUUCUGACUUACAGGAGGAAAAAUGUGUCCUGAAAAGAGCUAUAGAACAAAUUAAAAAAGAAAAUGCAGAACAACUUGGUGAGUUUCAGAAAGCAAAUGCUGACUUCAUUUUAGAAAAUAACAAAUUGAAAGAAUUGAUGUAUUCUUUGGGUUUCUCCUAUGAAGAUCUGAGGAAAGAAAAAAGUUUGGGAACAAAGGAAAAGAUAGUAAAAAUAAAAGAAGAAAAUAAAACUCAACAUUAUGGUGCUAGGCCAAGGAAAGUUGAAACAGCAUGUGGUGUAACUCAGACUGAAGAAGAUAGAAGAGACCCGUCCAGCUAUUUUUACAGCAAAGAGGGCAGGAGAUCUGAAAGCUACAGUGCGAUGAAAGAGCAAGUGGAAAGGUCAAAAGAGGAAUUAAAAGCACAGCAAAAAGAAUUAGAAAAAUCAAAAAAAGAGGCUCAGAAAUGGUACAGGGAACUUGGCUUUGCUGAAACCAGAUAUGAAGAAAUCAAGACUUAUUUAACACAUGUUCUCUCAGAAUUAGACUGUCUUAAACAAGAAGCUGAAGAGAAAACUCUUGGAAAGCAGCACUGCAAAUUAAUGCCGAUGUACACCAUGAAAGAUGCCCAGGAAAUGGAGGAAAAUAAAAUAUCCAAUAAGAGAUUACAGCAGCAAAUACUGACCUUGAAAGCCCAGCUCAGGGACCAGACUGCAUUACAAAAUCAGUUUCACAACUUGGAAAAUAGAGUGGAACUUCUUCAGGCUCAGCUGUGUGAAAAGACAAAAGAACUCCAGAAGAGAAAGUCUGAAGCAAUGUUGACACUAGCUCCUCUAAAGGCUAAGUUGGCUUGCCUGACCAGAAAAUGCCAGGAAAGGAACAGCUUCAUUAUCAGGAUGCAUGGUGAGUUUCACCGUAGAGGAUUUAACAACUACAAGUUUGAUGAAGAAGUGAGGAGCUUGGUGAACGACGUUGCCCUUGCAGAGUACAUAGACACUUUUACAACAACAUGUAAUCAAGAGAUGCUGCCUUCUUCCACAGACAUUUCAGAGGCCAGUGGGCAGUCAGAGAAUCAUGAGGCUUCAGUCAAAGUGAGCAGAAUGUCGUGGUCAAUACCUGCAACCUUUCUGCAAGAGGCAGAUGGCAUCCACAGCUCUCACAUCACUCCAAAUAUAUACACCAGUUCUCCUGUAAAAUUAACAAGUCCAGAGAGGAUCAUAGCCUUGCAUCGGGAGCUAAGACAAAACCAUCAGAGAAACUGCCAGAUGCCUUCAUUUGUCUCCUCCAAUACAAACUCAAAGGCUGACCCCAACCUGUCCAUGACUCAUGAGGAAACACCUUGGCCUCCACUCCCAAAGAUGAAGGACACGCUGGAGCUUUUGAAGCGUGACUGGUCCAUGCAGGGGAGGGACUGCUUGUCCAAAUGGGAUGAUGUAUUUGGGGGUCGAAUAGGAAAUCAGCAUGCAAGUGCUAUUCCCCAGGGAAUUAAAGAGAAAGAUGUCAUUACAAAUAAUGCAUGGCUCUCUAGAGAAAAAACAGAUGGCUCGACCUCAGCUACCACAGCAAAAAGCUCUUUGUCAGACAUGUUGUCAGCAAGUAAUAAAGGUUGAAAUCCUGUGGGAAGAAAUCAGCUGCAUGGGAAAGAAUAAAAACCUCAGAAAUAAAACAAGGCAAGAGAAAAUACUCAUUGGGCCAAUUCCUGAGCACAGACAAAACCUCUGGAGGGAGUAAACUUUUGGUUACAAAGACACAAUUACUGCUCUGAAGCAAUGAUGAAAGGUGUUUUGACGUGGAGGUUACCACAACUGCUUCAUUACGGGAAAAAAUUGAGAAGCUGCAUUGACUUACCAUCUACUGUGUUUUAGCCACAUCCUGUAGUGGAACUUGACCAUGAGAGCCAGUCUGAUACGUGGUUUGUUUUUUUGUUGUUUUGUUUUCUUAAGAUCCCGGAAGUCCCAUUUUAAGAAAUUAUCAUACUAAGCACAUACCUCAGUCUUCAUAGAUCUGCUGAUGUGGGCAUGUAAUGCCUGCAGCCUCUUAUGGCGUUGAGCAUUCCAGAAAAAGGCUUUGGUUUAAGUUAGGAUGUUCAGUAUUUCUGAGGACAUGUUAGAUGAAGGUACAAAUUGUCCAGGAAAUGAGAUAGAACUACAUUUUUACAAUGUAUGAAUUGAGGAUGCACUUCAUGGACACAAGAGAAGCAUUUGGAACUUCAAAGCACUGUGUCCUAAUGCUCUAGAUUGAUUGGUAUUCAACCACGUGAACAGGCCACAUUGAAUUUAACUUUCAGAUAAGGUAUUCACAUACAUGCAUUCUUUUUCUGAAGUAGGUGUUUCUGCACCCAUUGGGUGAUAAUAUUACACGUUAUGCAAAAAUAUUUUGCAACUACAGUAUAUUUUAUGCACUCAUAUCUCCUGCUAUUCAUAACUAAGUACCUAUUUGUGAAGGCAGGCAGACAUGAACACUGGCACAGGACUUGUGCUUAAGUGGUCAUAAGUGGUCAUAUAGAUACAUACAUUCCUUCUUUAACUACAAGCUUGCACCGCGCUGCUGAAGUCUGUGGCAACUCACGUUGUCAGAGUGGAAACAGCCAUAGAUACUGAUCUCCCAAACUGUCCCUGUCACCGUAAUGGACUUUCAGUGUUGACAGCUGUUUUUUGGGUUUCUUUUUUUUUUUUUCUUGAGUUUGCCGCUAAAUGUGCUGAUCUUUACGAAGCUCAGUCUCCCAGUAAUAACAGAUAUUCUUUGAAAGGAGACAGAAGGAUAAAAAAAAAACAGUGGAAUCCAAAAUCAGAUUAAUGUAAUGUGUAUUUCCAUCUUAUGACUAGCGACAAGAUGGCACGUUGGCAUGUUAACACUUGAAGUUUAACUACAAGUUUUUAAAAUGAAGCAAUGACGUGUGCGUAGGUUUCUCUCCCUUUGCAUACUAUCCACCAGAAAAUGUGCAUCAUUUUCACAGCACUCAGGCAAUUAAAACCUACUACUUGCAAUUGAAUUAUUUGUUGAACUAAAACAUCAUGCUUCUUUCCUAGCAUUUAUACAUAAUCUCCCACCAUGAAUUAUAAAUGCUGAUAAUGAACCUGUCCAUUUUGUAUCAUCUUAGGCUUUCUAUUAUUAGAUUUCAUUUCAAAAUGAUUAGCAUAAGAUAUAUAAAGCACAUUAAAGUCAUUCUUUGUGGUUUGUACCAUGAUUUUCUUUCAAUUCUGCCACAGCCUAGUAUGAAAACCAUCAGACCAAUAUUGGAAGACCCUGUUUAUUAGUUGAAUUGGUAGACCAUGUGGCUGAGGACCAGGAACUAAAAUUCCAGUCUUACCUUAAAUCACUAACAGAAAAUUUUUAAAUGUGAGAUUAUCAACUGGAACAGAGAUCCUGGCUAUUAUUUUUUGGAUACCUUAUGGUGAAAAGUGUUGUCUGACUGCUACAGAGUCCGUUCAGUUUUCUUUUGCUAAGCAGAAGUUAACUUGUUAGAUGUGCUGUCUAUGGCAAACAGGCUGGGCACUGCGUUACGUACGUCAUUGUUUUGUGUUAAACUUCCUCAGAAUGCAAAAUGAGGUACUUUGUUCUGAUUGCUUUAUAUGCACAAUAUCGCUUUGACCAAAUUCCUCAGUCAGAAUUGAGGUGCUGCUGAAUUCUAAGUAAAAAUAACCUUUUGUCGCCCUAAAUAGACAAAGUGGGCUGCGUUACAUGAUGAUUUCUUUGACAGUUUACUUAUUUCCAUAUACUAUAAUGUAUAGAGCAUCACAAGAUACUGAAAACACAGCUUAAUGUAUUUCCAAAGCUCCCUGUGCAAUCUUUAAAGCCUGAAUUCUAUUCUUCGUACUACUAUGGAUGGCAUAUGCUUGGAAGUACCAUGAUUGACUCCUGCACAAUAAUCACAUUACAUUCAGAAUAAUGCAAUUGCUGGGAAAUAUUUCACAUACACUGGAGGGUUGUCAAGUUAAACCUCCAUACUAAGGUAUGGAUGAUGUUUAACCUUGUGGGCUUUUAAAAAGUGUAAACCUUGACCUGUAUUUCUAACUUGCAGAGGAAGAAUUUUAGUAUUUCGAUUUUCUAUGGUUGUGGGUGGAGGGAGGGAGAUGUACAUGCUGGGUUUUGCUACUAAUCCUUUGGAAAUCCUUUAGUGCCUUAAGGAGGCAGAGGGGAAACAGACCUUAGGAUUACGGAAAUUUGUUCAAACCUCUUUCCUGCUUCAGCAGAGUUCCUUUAAAAUGUAUUGUGCCUUUGGCUCCAAACAUAUUUGCAUUAGAAAUCAGUAGCAAUAGGAUUAUGGAAAGGAAUUUUUGUCCCCACAAAACUGUUAGAAAAGAAAGUAUACUGUUUAUUAUGUAGGGUGUGAAUUAAAAAUAUAGCUGACUUAAGUUUUAUCACUGUCUUCCAUGCCUAAACCAUUAUUUGCUAAUGAGGAUAAUUGCAAGUUGGAGAUAGAAUUAGAAAAGAAGAGUAAGUUUAAAUGUACUGGAUGAGAUACUUGUACCACAAAUCUCCAUUGGUCUCCCUGGGACCAAGAUUUCAUGCAAUCUACUUGGCUUAAGAAAUGCUCAAAUCUGAUAGGUAUACAGCAAUAUAAUACAGCUCUGUUUAACAUUUUCUAAAUACGUAGGGGGGGGAAGAGAGAUGAGUAGUUAUGAAGACUUUCUUUGAUUUGGAGUCGUUGGGAUCAGUGGUAUAAAUCUCUGUUCGAUGUUAUUUUUGUCUGUAAGAGACUCUUGUUAUUGGAAUAUGAAUAUGCAAAUAUAAAUUCCAACGUGAGAGGGUACUGUGCAGUGUGAACUAAUGGAUGCUGAAUAUCUGCAUUUCUCUGCUCUCAGAAUAGUGGUUGUGUCUUUUUUUAAAUGAGGGAAAAAGUAGUUCGCUGGUUAAAACCACUCCUGUGCAAAAAGUCUUUGAGAGGUCGUUCAUUUUCUCACUGGUGUUCCUAAGCAGAUCUUAGGAGAAGUUGAUCAGCAUUUGGCUUGGAGAUGGGGAGGGAAUUUUAUCUUCUAGGAAUUAAAAAAUAGUUUGUUGGUACAGAGCUACCAAAAGAAAAAAAGUAAUAAAGAAAAAAAAGUGGAUAUGAAACUCAGAGGAGUGGUUGUCUAUUUCUCUCCCUGUGAUGACAAACAAGUUUUAAAAAAUAUGUGAAUAGUUAGAAAAUAUUAUUACACAGCUCACAGUAUAUAAGACAAGAUGCAACGUGGAACAGAUUUUUAUGGCUUGUUUAUAGAUUAGGUUUCUGUCUUUUGUUUGGAAUUUGAAGAGAGAAAACAUGUAAAUUAAAUAAGGAGUAAAAACUCUCUACUCACACUGACUGAAACAAAGAUAUUUCCCCACCUCCUGGGCAUUAAUGAGAAAUCUGGGAUAAAUAAUGUAUGCAGAUGUAUUUUGAGCUGUACUGCUGUGCAGCUAUUCAGCUCUUCUGCACAGCCACUAGUGUUGUAGUUGACAUGAAUCAUUGGGGAUGCAAGCUGGGGUCCAUUUCAAGAGGUGCCAAAGAAUUCACAAAAAGGCUGGGGUUUAUGGUUUGAUACUUAUUAAACAGAUGUACCAGCUAGAUGUUUUUGGAGGGAAAGGGUUGUAAAUAAAUGCAAAAAUUUUAAACUCUUACCCAUGAUCACCCUGUAAUUGGGUGUCAAAGUGGAGAAACUAAUCAAGAAGUUUCAGUAACAAGACAGAGACCGCUCUUGAUUUAGAUUUGUUCAUGGAUAACUUUUCAAUAAAGAUUUCCACUUUAAGGCAUUUAUCAUGGAUGUGAAUUGUACAUAUGUAUUAAUUUUCAAUGUAACUAGGGUGAACACAGAAUUGUAAUGAAGUCACAAAGUCUACUUG